GCUCAAUUGGUGGCGCAUGCGUGAGCUGUGCGCGUGCGCGGCAGCUGAGACGCCGGAUCGCGGAGUGGGGCUGGUGCUGGCAUGGCGGAGGCACGGCCCGGCUCAGGUACAUUGAAUUUCAGCCCUGGUGCUGCUGAUUCCAUUCCUGGAGAAGGACAACUGACAGAUGUAAACUGGGUAAAUAAAGAUAGGAAAGACUGUAACAGUAAUCAGAAUAGAAGUAAUAUAACAAGUCCUAGUCUGUAUUCUGAAAGAGGUACAGAUUAUGAAAGCUCUUCCACAAAGCAUCAUGGCUUUUAUAAUCUGGAAAGUCAGUAUGGGAAUUCUGAAGACUUCCACCAAUAUUUUGGAACCAGUAAAAGUUUGAAGAAUCGCAGCUUGCAAAGCCAGAGAUUGCACAGAUUAAGAAAUGAUAGCACAUGUGCUUCUAGAAAUAAGACAAGGCCAAGUACUACUGAUACUGCCGCAGGUCCAGGAAUUUCAGAUACUGCACUAGUACCUGGUAGAAGAGCACCUCCUAGAGGAUACAGUGAUUUUCUCUCAUCAGAGAGUGACAGGGAAGUACCUAAUGCAGAUAGCAGAGGAGCAAAGCCGAAGAAAACACAUCUGAUACAUAUAUCUGGGAGAGGUUUCAGGGAAAAGGGAAAGCAGGUACAUGACCGUGAAAAGCGAGUGAGCUCUAAACAGAAAGUAGAGCUGUUUGAAAAUUUUCCGUCUUUGGAUUUGAUGCAGUCUGACUCUUCAGAAUCAUCUGGUGGAAAGACAUUCUGUGAUGCACCUUUUGGAAGUGGAGAUGAGCAAAAAAGCUACAAUAAUGUAAACAAAAGAUAUCCCCGGAAGCCUGUGUGGAAUAAACCCCCAGUAGAUAAGGAGUGUCAGAGAAGACAUGAUUCUCACCGCAAUAAAAAUACAAAAGUAGGUAAGAAGUCUUCUGUUGCAUAUACUCCAAAAGAUAAAAAUGAAAGGAAGAAAGAACUCAUUGCUCACAAAAAUGAUGAAAACUUGACCAGUGAACUCAGACAUCAGUUGUCUCAGUCUCUCAGUGGAAGAAAGUUCUUGCUAAAGGGGGAUCAAGUACCUUCACUUCAUUUCAGCUGGACCCAGUACUGGAAGAAGCAAAGUGAUGUAGCAAAAAACAAAGAAACUCAUACAGGGUCAUUGAUUGAACAGCUGACCACAGAGAAGUAUGAGUGCAUGGUAUGCUGUGAGGUGGUCCGAAUAGUAGCCGCAGUGUGGAGCUGUCAGAAUUGUUACCAUGUAUUCCACCUGAAUUGCAUCAAGAAAUGGGCGCGGUCACCAGCUUCACAAGCUGAAGAUGGCAAUAGUGGUUGGAGAUGUCCAGCUUGUCAGAAUGCUUCUGUGCAAGUUCCUAAAACUUACACUUGUUUCUGUGGUAAGGUGCAUAAUCCUGAAUGGAAUAGAAAUGAAAUCCCACAUAGCUGUGGGGAACUUUGUGGAAAGAAGAGGCAGUGUUUGGACUGUCCACAUCUUUGCAACAUUGUGUUGAACCACUGAGAAGCUGGACACGCCUCUGUGAAAGACACAUGUUAAAGACGAAAGAAACCCGGGAACUUUUUCUUUCCGUUCCGGCCGGGAGCGAGGUAACACGGUUGGGCGGCCCCUGCCAUGGGGCCGGGCCGGCCGGCCCUGCCGCGGGGUUCAACCCCCUUCCUCGGACCGUCUGCCAGCCCUCAACAUCGGCUGUUGGGCAGGGAGAGGGGGUGCCGUGGGGCUGGCUGGAGCCGGCCUUGCUAACAUCUGACUGCUUACUACACCCUCGCCCGCCUCCAGCCCAGAAGCCCAGCCGAUCCCCGGGAGCAGCCCUGGACUGGUGCCGGGAUUUUACUCCCUUGGAAGCCGCCCUCAACCAUUGGGAGGGGGAAGGAGAAGCUACCCUCCACUCCCAAUGUGCUGCUGCUGCUGGGUUCUAGCCUGGCUGAUUCGAUUUGAUCUGUACCACUUUCCUAAUUACAAGUCCUACUACUGUAGCGCCCAGUCUGACCCCUACUGGGCUCCAGGUGGGAAGUUACCCUUUCAAUGCUUUAAUCCUCCCUCGAGUGAGAGAAAGGAACAAGAUGCAAGCAUGUAAAAGAACAACAUGAAAACAUCAUGGUCAGUGAAGAAGAUUUAAGUCUCAGAUGGGAGGGAGGGGAAGAUGCCUUGAUCUUAGGGCUCAAAUCCUCUUGUAAGCUAUGGAAAAAACCUCUUUUUCCUUAUAACACAGGAAACUAUGGGGAGAUGAAAGUGUUCAAAUUAUAGAUACCAAGUAAAGACCUCUUUGCCAAAAUAAACAGAUGUUAAAGUAGUUGUAAUCCCAUGAGAAGUUUUAGCAGAGAGAGGGUAAUCCUGUGCCCCCAGGAGGAGAAAGAGAUCUCUGUUCCCAGGGAUGAAGAUGAUUUUAGAGAUAAAUAAUGAGAAUUUUUACUUUUGAACAGUUCAUCUUUGAAACAAUACUCCAUAAGUCAACAUGGCCCAUUGACAAGCUGUGGGAAGAUUUGUGGAAAUGGGAAGGACUUCAUGAUAACGGGGUUCCCUGGUCGGCUCUUAUUCGUGACAAAAAUGAGAGCCAUGAGAAGCUGUUUUUUUUCUCUUGUGAAGAAGUCUUCAUAACCUUAAUAAGAGGAACUUCUCUCCCUAAGUGAACUAAAUAAAGACUAUUUUAGAGGUGGUAAACUAACUAGAAAUUUUAGGUUUUGUUUCUUUACUUUAUCAUGGGAAAGAAAAGGUUGUGGGGGAAGAAGAAGUGUUCUGAAGGGUUUGUUCUGAUUCUUACCAUUUUUUUUUCCUUUUAGUUACUUU